AUGUUGCCCAAGCAGAGAUACAACAGCAAAUCUUUCAGAAGCGCAAGAGGCAGCAGGACAAACAGAAAUAUUAGAAGAAGAGGAGCCAACCCUCACCACCGCCGUGGGGGCCACAGAAGGUACUACUACCCACAGCCUUCCAACAGUAAAGUGUACAUUGAGGAGCCAGAGACUGAAGAGGAGGGUAGCUCUGAGAGCGAAUACGAAGUCUGCGCCUCGCCAGAUGAAGAUGAGGAAGUCUACGAAUUUGACCUCGACAACAACGACGAGGACGACGUUGAGUCUAUUUAUGAUGAGGGUGCUGAUGACGAUGCUAUGGAGGAAAUUUUCCUCAUUGCUAACAGCGAUGACGACAGUGACGAAAGCGAUGAUGAGGCCGACUCUGUGAUUGAUGUAAAUGACCUUCUUGCCGAAGAAGCCUUGGACUAUUUGGAGGCAGACGGUGCUCUCAGAGACGUCAACGACGACUUGGUGCGCUAUUACGACAGCGAGUCUGGAUCCGAGGAUGCUUCGGACUCCGACUCCGACUCCGAGUUGGACAAGGCCGCUUUGCUGCUUGUGGCUGCUUCCGACCUGGAGUCCGAUCUGGAGUCUGACUUGAGCUCCGACGUUUCCGAGGCCUCUGGCUCUGAAUCCGAGAUCGACGUUGAAUUCGACAGCGAGCUCGAGGACCUCCAGAAUACUUUGUACCUUUUGUCGGGCGAGGCCGACGACGACAGCGUCACCGACCUUGACAUCGACUCUUCCGAUGAGUUGGAGGGUGUCAGACAGUCGUUUGCUGAAGAACUCGAGUCCAGCGAUGAGGAGUCUGUUUUGCAGUCACUGAGCGAUGACGACGGCGACGACAUCUUCUUUGAAGUUGGCCUGGACUAUGACUCCUCUGAUGACGAAUCUUCUGAUGACGACGAUAUCGCCAUUGACGCAAAAGACAUUGAACAUUACGACGACUACACCUCCGACUCUGACUCCUCUGAUGACGAAGGCAUCACCAUCUACAGACACAGAUUCGACUUGCCCGACCGUUACGACAGCGACAACGACUCCACCGACGAGGAGUUGAUGGCAUACGACUCUGACGACGAACACUUGCUUAAAGCUAACGACUCCGACGAUGAAUUUGACGUUAUUGACUUGACGAAGGACUUGAAGAACUCCAAGGACUGCGAGGUUGUGGAGCUUGACGACAACACUUACAAGUUGAACCUUAGGUUGCCAUCUUUGAUCAAGGAAGAUCUUAAAAUCAACUUUCAGAAGGCUCAAAACGAGUUGGUGAUCACUGGUAAGUUCAACUUCACCGGCGAGGAGUCUGAGGUUGAGGCCGAAGAUGAUGAGGAAGAGAUCUCUGAAGUUGACAGAAUUGCCGAGGCUCUCGAAGCUGCUGAUGCUGAGAAGGAGGCCAAGGCUGCUGAGGAGGAGGUUGCCGAGGAGGAUGACGAAAAUGAUGAAGAAUAUGAGAGUGCCGAUGGCUCUCUGAGUUCGUCUUCGCUGUCCAGCUCAUCAUCUGAGUCUGAGUCCGAUUCCGAGUCCGAUUCCGAGUCCGAGUCUGAUUCCGACUCAUCAUCUUCUUCUUCCUCUUCUUCUUCCUCAUCGGAUUCUGAAUCCGACUCUGACGAAGAGGAUGAGGUCGUCGAGGACGCUCAGGACCUCAUCAAGGAGUUCAAGAACAGAGAGAUUCAAUUUGAAAAGCACUUCGUCUUCGACAAGAUCAUCAAGGCCGACGAGAUCAAGGCCAAAUUCUUGGCCAAUGGUGAGUUGGAGAUGAUUCUUCCCAACGAGGGUGUUGAAGUGAACAAGGACGCUGACAAGAUCGACAUUGCUAUUGAGAGUGAGGAACCUGAGAUGACUGAUGGUGACAAGGUCGCUGAGACCGAGGACGUUGAAAUGGCCGAGUAA